AUGGCGAGAACGUACGCGCGCGCGAGCGUCGUCAACGUCGCGGGCGAUCUCGUCGUCUCUCUCGCGUUCACGACGCUCGCGGUGCGGAGCAUGUCCGCGAUGCGCGCGGAGGCGCGUCGCGUCGUCGCGGAGGAGCGAAGAAGAGACGCGGUCGCGGCGGCGGCGGCGGCGGAGGCGCGCGCGGAUGGAAAAGACGCGCCGCCGGAAUCGGACCCGCCGUCGCUUCCCGCGAUCGGACCGGAGAUGCUCCGGACGUACGCGAAGCUCGUGGCCGGGCACGUCGUCCGCGGCGCCGCGAUUCUCGCCGGCGGCGCCGUCGGCUGCGGCGCCGCGUCGGCGUGGCGGUUCGACGGCGGGGAGGCGGCGGAGGCGCGUCCCGGUCACACUGGUCCCCAUACGAUCGCGUCGGCGCGGUGA